AUGGUUGCUGACGUGGAAACCUCAAAACUCUCCGGCGUAACAUCUUUUUUGCCCCAUGAAAUCUCUCUCGAGAAUCCAUGUCCUCCGUCUAAAUUACUCCACCCGUCUGACAGAAUUGGCAUACGAUUCGAGGAAAUCACCUCCACACCCGAGCUCACUCAGGCGGGCGCCAAUCACACCUGGCUUAUAUUCACGGACGGAAGUAAAAUUGACGAUCGAGUUGGAGCUGCCUUUGUCGUUAAGGACUCCGCCAAUACUCAGCCAUCAGUCAUCAAGAAGUUCAAGCUUCAUGACGACUGUUCGGUAUUUCAGGCGGAAAUGCUUGCCGUGCAAAUGGCUUGCAAACACAUCAUUGACCACCACCUCACGGAUGUACUCAUACUCUCUGACAGCAAGUCUGGCCUUACAGAGCUGCGAAACGGCAGCAGCUACAACCGCUUCGCCGUCAACAUCCAUAAACUCUUACACCAAGCCCGAUCAUCUGGCUAUACCAUCGAAUUCGCGUGGAUUAAGGCCCACGCUGGAUUCGAUGGCAACGAAGAAGCAGACUUGGCAGCAAAGGCUGCUGCAAGAAUGCGCAGAAUACCAGACUUCCAAAGAGUACCCAUCAGCCUCGUUAAACAUCAAAAUAGGCAAAAAUGCAAAGAAUCGGCCAAAACUUUGUAUAUGAACCCGAACACCUGCGUCCAUACAAGAUCUCUCCUGCCAACAUACAACACCUUGCAGGAGUUCAUAAAGAUCGUUCGGCCGGACUUUGCCACCACCCAGGUCUUAACCAACCACGGUUAUCAUAAGGAAUACCUACAUCGUUUCCAUAUCGUCGCAGAUGACCGCUGUCCCUGCGAUGACCAGACUCCACAGACUUGGAAACACCUUUUAACACAGUGCCCUAGAUUUGCUUCAGCCCGAUAUAAUCAUGAAAUGAUAUCCCGUUUGUUAAACAUCGAUCCAUACAAUCUCUCAGAAAUAAUCAGAAAAGAUGAUACAGCAAAAAGUUUUAAAGCCUACAUUACCAAUAUAGUCGAUCAUUUAAAAGAAUUCAACCAAACAUAA